CGCCGGAGCAUCUCCCCGCCACUCAACCCUCACACUGAGCGUGCCGCGCGGAGAGUACCGUGGUCACCCUGCCACGGUAGAGCGUCCAUAGCUGAGCUUACCAUCCUCGCUUAGCCGCGUUCAGCUGUUUGAAGAAACCCUGGUUCUUCUUCUUCAGGGGCCUGUCGAGUCAACGGCUAUGGCGGCACGAGCCACGCAGGCGCUGAUGGCAGGCGUCGCCCAACUUCCGCGCACCGGCUGUGCGGCACCUUCUGGGUCAGGGGAACCGCAGCAACCGCAGCUGUCUUCCGGACGAAGCGCCGGGUCUUCGACGCACAGAAGUUUCUCAACAUGGAAUGCCCUCCCAGGUCGGUCGGGGUCGGGGUCGGGGUCGGGGUCGGGUUCGCGGACGUGUCGGGCGAGCAGGAGUAGCCAUAGCCUCCUGGCAUGUAGCAAGUGUGGAGGGGUCAGCUUGGGCUCGAGUUUGGCGGGCAAUCGGUUGGAAAUGGUCACACAACAAAAGUGCGACGCGGAAGCUGCGACGAGUGGGCGGCAAGGUCUGCAAGUGUGGGCGGCCAAACGAAAGGUUUCCACCAAGAACUACGUGUUGUCAGCUACCCUGACAGCGAAAGAAGGAGAGGAGGGGAAAGUGAUCGACCUCUGCAAGGGUCUUGUAAAAUGGAUGCAUGAGAACAAGGUGAAUGAUAAGGACUCGGGGGUGAAGAGCUUCGAAUGCAACACGGACGCUUACGAGAAGAAUGUGUAUCAUUUUUGGGAGCGAUAUGAAUCAGUCAGGGCAAUGAACGAUACUCACGCCGUGCCUGAAUACCAGACGUUUAUGGAAGAGGUGAGACCAUUGCUGACAGGGCCGAUUGGACUUGGAGCUUACGAGUAUUCAAACGGCCAAAUUGGGAUGAUGUUGAACCCUAUCGGUCCAAAGGGAGAAGGAGGGCUUGACGACGCGACUGGUCAAGGCGGAAGCGGCGGAGGAGCGAGCUACAAGCAGACUGUUAUCGUAGAAAAUCUUGGAGAACUCAAGGAUGAGGAAGAGUGGAAAGUUCCAUUCAUUCCUAAUCUGAAAAACCUGCUGAAGCUGAACUUGGGGCGGGGCAAGUAAAGGAGGAGGCAAGCGAAGAGAAGCAAUCGAAGAGAGAGAACACAAAAAUCACACGCACAUCUUCGACGGCAAGAUAGGCUGUGAUUCCUUUCCUUUGUAGUUCUGCCCCCUCUGGUCUUUGUUUGCACCUUGUAACUGUGAUGCCUCCUUCCUGAUGAUCAGAAGAAGGGCAGAAGCUCAGUGUGAUGCCUGCAUUGUCUUCGCGCUGUUCUCCCUAAUGCAGAAUCAAGCGUGUAUUAUGCAGAGACUAAGAUGCCCAACGUAGCAAUUUUUCAACUUCUGAGUUUUCUGACUGUAGUAAUGUUCGCACUUUGAAGUUUUUCUUCUUCUCCAGUCAUGUCUUCUUCUUCUUUAUCGCACCUGUUUUUUGUAAUUAGGAGUGCAGAGGAGGAGAAGUAACUGCCGCGGUAGAUUGAUUGGUAGGCUACUAGGCUCGCCGCUCUCGUUCUUCCAAAAAGCAGAGAGAGCGUAAAAAAAAUACACAUUUUUGAGUUGGGUACGUCUUUCAAAAUUAUCAAUUCUUGUCAAGAAAAAUCAUGUAUCGGUUCUUAGUCUGUCUGUUGUGUGUUUCAGAGUUGUUGGUUCUGACUGGCGCAAACCGA